AUGGGGAACCGAGACGAUGAAUACGAUUUCUUGUUCAAAGUGGUGUUAAUUGGGGACUCCGGUGUCGGUAAGAGCAACCUGCUCUCCCGAUUCACACGAAACGAAUUCAACCUGGAGAGCAAAAGCACCAUCGGCGUGGAGUUUGCCACGCGCAGCAUUCAGGUGGACGGCAAAACGAUAAAAGCUCAGAUCUGGGACACCGCCGGACAAGAGCGCUACAGAGCCAUCACUUCGGCAUACUACAGAGGGGCGGUAGGGGCGCUUCUGGUGUACGACAUAGCCAAACACUUGACUUACGAAAAUGUGGAACGUUGGCUGAAGGAGCUGAGGGACCACGCUGACAACAACAUUGUCAUCAUGCUGGUGGGCAACAAAAGCGACCUGCGCCACCUGAGGGCCGUGCCCACCGACGAGGCCCGAGCCUUCGCAGAGAAAAACAACCUUUCAUUCAUAGAAACUUCAGCCUUGGACUCAACAAAUGUUGAAGAGGCCUUCAAGAAUAUCCUAACAGAAAUCUACCGCAUCGUAUCGCAGAAGCAGAUAGCUGAACGGUCGGCCCACGAUGAGUCGCCCGGGAAUAACGUGGUGGACAUCAGUGUGCCUCCGACAACGGACGGCCAGAGGGGGAGCAAGCUGCAGUGCUGUCAGAACCUGUAA